CCGCCGAGCUGAAAGCGUUGUGUUUUUCGUUUUCUGAGGUUUACUGCUGCCAGUGUCAGAUGAGUUGAAUUCCAGUAGACUGAUGUGUAGUCAGGUUUCGACCGAGAUUCGCACUUCCAAUUCGCGCGGUGAACUGUGAAGAAAACCCAGUUGUGGCGACAAAUUUGUAAUUACCUACGGUUUGUGAAAAUUUUCCCCCGAGCUGGGUGAAGGAGAAAAAAUCGAAUUCAAGUGCAGUGAGGUGGACUUUGAAGGCAUUUGAAAGCCUCAGCAUAACAGGCGAAACUGGUUUGCAAUGGUAAUGCGAUGGGACGAAAGGUCAUUUUCGGAGAGGUUGUUUGCGAAACAUUGUCAAGCAAAGGGCAGCCCAAAUGGUGAUGUUGAACUGAGCUUCUGAUUAGCAGAAACAUACAAGAUGAAAAGUGAUUUGACUUUCAUAAGAGGAUAAUUAUUGAAGCGGAACGAGCAUCAAAUAGACUGUCUUUGCUGUGAUGAUGAUGAUGAUGAUGAUGUUCGCUGACUGAAUGGGGAGGAGGAAGCGCGCCUGAAAUGGAUUAUCGGAUUUGGGACUAGUCUACCCCGCAGGAGUUCUCGAGUUGAAGACAGAGGGGAGAGACGAUUGUUCUCGUGCAUUGCAGAAGGCGCUUGCAAGUGGGUCAACAUCAACAUCCGCUUGAGGCAAUAGCGCUCCAAAAAUAGCGUGCAAUGGCCUGCAUUUCGGAUCCAUGCAAAUAAUUGUCCAAAAGAGGAGAAUGACCGCCAAACAACGGGCGAACGGCCAUAAUUAAAGCAGGGUGGGCGACCAACAACGGCGACAAAUAUUGUGUUGAGUGACAUGUCGAUUGAUUGGGCGUUUGAUUGGAAAAUUAAAAUUUCAUUCAGUGUGUAAAAGUUGAGGGAAAUCCGCUUGCUUAGGUUUGAAUUACAAUCGAAGUGAUGCCCACUGAAAACCAAUGGCGCCGACGGAAUGAGAACUGGGGGCUUGUUCGAUAGCCGUUGCUUGGAUUACAAAAGUGUGUGGGUCCUUCUCGCGGGAAUGGGUCACGCCCUGAACCGACGUGGCCGUCGACCACGAUCACGACCGGGGCAAACUCGGUUGGCAGCGGCUGAAUCCUUAUAGUGCACCAUCACACAGCGCCAAGGGGGUACUCCGAAGGACACACAAAACAGUGCCGGGAGGGGCGUGGGUGCAAAGUGAAAAUGUGGUGGCAGCUGAUGGGAUUUGCGCUACUACAAGCAGUUCAAUUUGGAUUAGCUAUGAAAAGUGGACACUCGAAAUCGAUGGCUGCCGGACGACUGGAGAACGUCACCCAAACUAUUUCUAGGAUAUUGGAAGGAUACGACAUUCGGUUACGGCCAAAUUUUGGCGGUGACCCACUACACGUAGGAAUGGAUCUAACGAUAGCUAGUUUCGAUGCAAUUUCCGAAGUAAACAUGGACUACACGAUAACGAUGUACCUAAAUCAGUACUGGAAGGACGAACGGUUAGCGUUCAACGCGUACUCGAUAUGGGGCCCGGAAGUGCCGGAGUCCGGGUCGGCGGCGUCCGGUGGGACAGCAAUCGGCAGCCGCCAGUACGACCAGAACGGCGACAUCAUGAUUGAGGAUGACGGCGCAAACGACGUCAUCACGCUGUCGGGGGACUUUGCCGAAAAGAUCUGGGUCCCGGAUACGUUCUUCGCCAACGACAAGAACAGCUUCCUGCACGAUGUCACCGAGCGGAACAAGCUGGUGCGGCUGGCCGGCGAUGGGUCCGUCACCUAUGGGAUGCGGUUCACGACGACGCUCGCCUGUAUGAUGGACCUGCAUUACUACCCGCUGGACUCGCAGAACUGCACCGUGGAGAUUGAGAGCUACGGCUACACCGUGUCGGACGUGCUGAUGUACUGGCGGUCGACCCCGAUCCGAGGCGUGGAGGAAGCCGAACUGCCACAGUUCACCAUAAUAGGUUACGAAACUAAUGAUAGAAAAGAAAGACUGGCUACGGGCGAGUACCAGCGGCUGUCGUUGUCGUUCAAGCUGCAGCGCAACAUCGGUUACUUCGUGUUCCAGACCUACCUGCCGAGCAUUCUGAUUGUGAUGCUGUCGUGGGUGUCGUUCUGGAUCAACCACGAGGCCACCUCGGCCAGGGUGGCCCUCGGGAUCACCACCGUGCUCACGAUGACCACCAUCAGCACCGGGGUGCGAAGUUCGCUGCCCCGGAUCAGCUACGUGAAGGCCAUCGACAUCUACCUGGUGAUGUGCUUCGUGUUUGUGUUCGCCGCUCUGCUGGAGUACGCCGCCGUCAACUACACCUACUGGGGCGCGCGGGCGAAGAAGAAAAGUAAAAAGAAUAAGGAAGCGGAGAAAAAGGUUUCAAGAAAACAGGAGAAUAGCACCGGAUGUUCAACGGAGGACAUCAUCGAACUACAAGAUGUCCGAAUGAGCCCGAUCGCAUCGCUCCGAAACCGACACUAUGCCAAUCCGACCUCUUCGUCCGGUGCCGAUGCCGUAGAUCUAGCAAAAUUCCCUCCUAGUUUUCGAAUCGCACGACCGUACGGGUCCAGUACCCGGUCCAGUGGGUUGCGAUAUCGAGGCAAUCGAGGGCACAACCGACCGAAGAUGCUGCACGCCAUCAAGCGAGGCGCAUCCGUCAUCAAGGCGUCUAUCCCCAAGAUCAAAGACGUCAACGUGAUCGACAAGUACUCGCGGGUGAUCUUUCCGGUCAGUUUCGCGGCGUUCAACGCCGGCUACUGGAUCUUCUACGUGUUGGAGUGACCUUCCGCGAACUAACCGGAUUCGUAAGUCAUAGCCAACCCGCAGCAGACGGAGCGAGGAUUUGUUGUAGUGAUAGCAGUAGUAGUUGCCGCACUACCAGCGCUCACCCAAAGCCGUAGUGCAGUACUAGAGCGACUGCGAGGGUGUGCGUGCACUGAAAAGUAGAGUAACGCCAAGUUCCAGCAACCCCCCCGGAUGUGGAUCCUACUUCUACCGCAAUUGCCAUCAGAAGAGAGCAACGCAUGCACGUUCGUUCGAGGUGAACAAUGAACCUUUCCGCUGCCGAGUUUAGACGUUUGACGCACCAGAGUUUUGACAUCCGGUUAGUUCAGAGCAAGUCCUUUCCAUUAGAGAUAAUAAAUGAGAAAAAUUAACAAACAAAAAAAAAACAUAGUGAUAAAAUAGCAAACGGAAACAAAUUCCUACGAUAAAAUCCGAUUACGACGCGACGCCAUGUAGGAAAUCGAAUUGUAAUUUAGAUAUAAGGAAACUCUUAGAGUAAGAGGAAAUCAACACACAUAUAACCAUAGACUCAUCUAGAUGGUCAAAGAAUUUGAAAAAACAAAAAAAUAAAGCUUGUAGGAUCAAUCAAUUCAAGAUAAACUAAAAUAAGGGAAUAAGCGCGCAAUUAAGAAAGACAGAAAGCAUGUGUGACAUGAACAUCCUAUUGCAUGACAGAUAACUCAUAUGAAUGUCCUAAUCAUUAUCAUUCGUUUCACAGAAAAACAUCAAAUUUUAGAAAGAGGAGCGAAAGCACAAACAGGAAAUAAGUAAUUGAUAACUCCUAUAAGUAAGUAAAAUCACACAUCGUUCAGCACCCUUAGAAACAAGUAUUCUACAUGAUGCGAUGAUGAUCAUCGAUGCGAAAAUCUUCGGAGAUGUUACAUUUGAAUGAGUUUUUUUUAUGGAAAGUUGAUGAGAUGAAAAGCUUCUAACGAAAUAGUAUUGCAGAGCUAGAGUUAAGGAGAACGACGUUUUUUAUUUUGCUUGACUAUCAAGCCUAGAAAUGUGAUGAUAAAGAAACAUGAGCAAGUUAACGGAAUGACAGUGGAAGGGAGCUUUAAGAAUUGUUUAACUGUAGCAUAACUUUAGAACUCAUUUACCCAAUCUGCCGUAGAGGUGUCACUGAAACUGUUAUUGAAUCUGUACAGUUCGAUAUUGCAUCUGUAAAGUACCCAAACAUGUCGCGACCUACCGGGAGACAAAUCUGAAACUGACUGAAUUCGACAUAAUGACUGUUCAUGUUAUAUAAUCGCCAAAACUUCAUACAGUGCUCCUUCGUUAAUUAAGGCACGACAUUACCCCAACAAGCGAAUGCCGUUCGCUGAUUGAAAUAUUUUGGCAAGCGUCAAAGUUGUUUACUGUCUAUCCCAUCUCAUUUCAUUUAUUUAGUUAACAUCUAAACAGAUAACAAUGAAUCAACAAUUGGACGCCACAAUGCACGGUUCGAGGCCGCAUCUCUCCAUCCUCGGAUACGCCCCACGCUCGCCAAGUCUAUCCCAUCUACGCGUACGAAAAAAUACGGGCGUCCCACAAUGCAGAAUUGUGAUUACUCCGAUGCACAUUAAAACUUAUCUUUUUGCGGGCGACCCACCCAUGCAAAGCAUGCACGCGUUUCAUUAGCAAUGCAAGCGGGCGUCUACCACGCAGAGUUUUAAUCCUUCCGAUUAACUAUUCUGUUUGCGGGCGUCCCAUCUACGCAUAGAAAAAACUUCUUGCAUUUGAUUCAUGGGCAAUGCAUGCGGGCGUCCCAGCACGCAGAUUUGUAUUCAUUUCGAUGCAGGCGAUUUGUAAUAAUUUCGUUCACCUAUUUUACAUGCGAGCAUCUCGCUUCGCAUAAUUGUGAUGGGAAGAUCACACUAUAACAUUUUUAUUCUUGCAGGCGUUACACCUACGCAGAGAAAGAAACAUAUACACUCGAUUCAUUAGCAAUGGAUGCGGGGAUUCACAACGCAGAGUUGUGAUCAGUGCGAUCAACCAUUCUUCUUGCGAGCGUCCCACCUACGCAGAAGAAGAACUGUUUGCAUUCGAAUAAUUAGUAAUGCAAGCGGUCGUCCCACUACGAUCAUUUCGAUCCGCAGGCGUCCCACUUAUCAAUAGUAACAUCUUCUUGCAUUUGAUCAAGUAACAAUGCAUAAUUGUGAUGAUUUCGACCCACAAAAUUUUAUUCCUGCAGGCGUUCCACCAACGCAGAGAAAGAAACUCUUGCACUGAAUACAUUAGCAAUGCAAGCGAGCGCCCCACCACGCAGAGUUGUGAUCAUUUUCUUCUUGCGGGCUUCCCACAAUAUUAACUGCUCAAAGUACGAGGGAAAAAAGCAAUGAAGAAUAGAAUGGAUAAACAGAAUUUGAUUUUUUUAGCUGUUAGUCGGCCUACCGUCCAUCCACCCAAUAAUUCAAUAAUCAUAAAGUCAUGCGCUUGGCGAUCAAAACUUUCCCAAUUAUAACAACAAUAUGCUUAAAGGCAAUGCAAGCGGGCGUCUACCACGCAGAGCUACACCCCUAUUAUUGUUUACGGACGAACGAAAUUUUCGAACGAAUGCAGUUCGUUCGAAUCGUUUCCCCAUUUGAUUUUGCUGGCGUAAACAAGAAUGCGCAUCAGCUUUCGUUCGAAAGCGCGUUCGUACGUAAACAAGAAUAAGGGCGAUAAAUAGAAAUGCGAUUCGAAUAAGAUCGACUUGGGUAAAGUAGGUCAUGCGGGACAAAGCGUGAAGAGUGGUAGAGCAACGUAGGAACCUCUGAAAAAGAACUCUGCUCAUACAUCGAACAACACAUUAGCAGGUUGAAAUCGCUGUUAUUUUGCCUAUCUUGGAGUAGUCACCAGUCACCAUAAUCAUUGAAAUAUUUAUCGAUUUCUGCUUAAUUAUAUGCAAUCCGGGCCAAAUUCUUUUGGAUUGUGAUUUAAUUAAAUGAAAGGAGGUAAUGCCUUCUUUGAAUGAGCGCAUCCGGUCGCUAGGAAUAAAGAAAAGAAAGGAGAGAAUUAACGCAUCUGCCCGGUAUUGAGCAAAGGGAAAAGCUAAUGCCUACUUUCCGGUAUAAAGAAAAGGAAAAAGAUAAUGCCUACUUUAAAUGAAUACGUCUGCCUGGUAUAAGGCGAAAGAAAUUGAUGAUGCCUUCUUUAAAAGAACGCGUUUUUCCGGUAAAAGGGAAAGGGAGCAGUAACGCCUUCUUCAAAUGGAUGCAUCUGCCCGGUAUAAGGCGCCUUCUUCAAAAGAACGCGUCUAUCCGGUAUAAGGCGUUUGUUUGCCAUAACGAGAAGGAAGGGGUAAUGUCUUUUUUAAAUAGUAGCGUCUGCCCAUUAUAAGGUGUAAGACGGAAAUAAAGCGUUCUUUAAAAGAACGCGUCUUUUCGACAUAAGGCGAAGGGAGGGGUAAUGAACUCUUUGGAUGAAUGCGUCUGCUCGGUAUAAGGCGAAAAAAGUUUAUAAAAUCUUAUUUAUCUUCUUCUUCUUCUUCUUGGCAUUACAUCCCCACACUGGGACAGAGCCGCCUCGCAGCUUAGUGUUCAUUAAGCACUUCCACAGUUAUUAACUGCGAGGUUUCUAAGCCAGGUUACCAUUUUUGCAUUCGUAUAUCAUGAGGCUAGCACGAUGAUACUUUUAUGCCCAGGGAAGUCGAGACAAUUUUCAAUCCGAAAAUUGCCUAGACCGGCACCGGGAAUCGAACCCAGCCACCCUCAGCAUGGUCUUGCUUUGUAGCCGCGCGUCUUACCGCACGGCUAAGGAGGGCCCCCAAAACCUUAUUUAUAAGAAACGCAAAAAAAAGUUGAUAAAACCAUUUUUAUAAGAACGCAUUUGCCAGGUAUAACGCGAAGGAAGGGGUAAUGCCUUCUUUAAAUGGUUGCCUCUGCCUGUUGCAAAACGAAAAGAGGAUAUAUUUAAAUAAAUACGUUUUCUCGGCAUAAGGCGAAAGGAAGAAAUAAAGGAUUAUUCAUAAAAACGUAUAUUCGUAACAAAUUAAAGAGUGGAGAUAAUCCCUUCAAUCUAUCGGGCCCGUCUGUCAGAUAAAGGAUUUGUAAGGGGCAAUUGAAAUUUCGAAAACCACUUCUACAUAUUCCUCAGCCGUGCGGGAGAUGCGUGGCUGUCAAGCAAGGAGGCUGGGUUCAACUUCUGGCCCGGUAUAGGAAAUUUAUCGAUGCAAAAUUUUCUCGACUUUUUUAGGCAUAAAAGUUUCAACGUGUUAAUCUCGUGUUACACUAUUGCCAAAAAAAAUGGUAACUUGGCUUAGAAACCUCGCAGGUAAUAAUUGCUGUGAUCACUAAUGAAAGAACACUAAGCGAUUAUUAUUUCCGCGAAAUGGAACAUUCCGCCAAAAGUCAUUCGGCGAAAAGAUAGAAUACGCCAAAUGUCGUACCGCGAAGACUUUUGGAGCUAACCGAGCCUCUUAAAAGGAGGCUUCUGAGCAUGUUGAGAAGACACUUCUCAGCCCCUUGAAAGAAGAUUUCAAGCUUCUUGAAAGAAUAAUCCGAAACUCUUGAAAGAAGGCUUUCGAGCCCCUUGAAAGAAAGCUUCUGAGCAUUGUGCGGCCCAGAUCUGCCGAACGAGCUAUCACGGGGUGUGCUGUCUAAUCGCGCGUGCGUCUCCGUUCGUUGUCGCACGAGGAAAGAGGAAAAGUCAUGGCCUGCUAUUUACUAGUUAGAUAGAGUGAAAUCAGCAGUGAUUCAAAUUGUUCGGGGCUGUCAGUUUGAAGAUGAAUCUGAAUCAUUCAUUUUCCCAGCAGUAGCUCAAGAUUCAUGUUUUAUAACAGUCGAGAUUCAAAAGCUUAAAACUGUUAUACCGCUCAGUUCUAUUUUCUGCAGAUUUGAACCACGAAUGAAUCACGAGAUUCAAAUAUUUUUCAAUUGUUUUGGUGCAUGAAAGCGUCAUUUUAUGUAAGGAUCAAUCCACUUUACAUUUACGGCGCCUUCCUCAGUAGCAACAUAAUCAUUUCAUCUAAUGAAAAAAAAAUCAAACUAAAUAGAACACUGCUAAGGAAGAGUGUGAGUUUGUUCUAUUUUGGCUCAUAUUCAAACUAGAAUAGUGUUCGAAAAUUUGCAACCAAACUGAAUCACUACUGAUUUCACUCUUAGUGUUGGCCACCAAACCGUUAUACGAUAUUUGCAUAUCUGUCAUCAAUGCACUCUAAAAGUGGAUUGCCCAACUCCUAAUAUAUCGCACCCUCACGAGCAUAUUUUAAAGAGGCUUCCAAGACUCAUGAAGGGACUCCAUAACCUCUUAAACCUCAUUAAAGGAACCUUCCGAGCCUCUAAAAAGAAGUUUUCUGAGCCUCUUGAAAGAAGGUCUCCGAGCAUCUUGAAAGGAUACUUUCAAGCCUCUUGAAAUAUUAAUUCAAAGCCUCUUGAAAUGAGGCUUCCGAGCCUCUUAAAGGGAAGCUUCUGAGCAUUCUUAAAGGAGGUGCCUUCCAAGUGUUGAAGGGAGGCUCUCAAGUCUCUUAAAGAAAGCCUCUUGAAAGCAGGCCUUCGAGUCACAGGAAAGGAGCGAGUCUCUUGAAAGGAAGUCUCCAAACCUCUUGAAAGAAGAAUUCUGAGCUUCUUGAAGGGAGGCUUUCGAGUCUUGAAAGAAGCUCUCCAAGCAUCUUGAAAAAUGGGUUCCGAGGCGUUUUGAAAAAAGGCUUCUGACCAUCUUUAAAAGAGGCUUCCAAGUCUCAUGAUGGGAGACUCCCAAGCCUCUUAAAGAGAGCCUCUCGAAAGGAACCUUUCGAGCCUUUCGAGAAAGUAGGUUUACAAGCCUCUCGAAAGGAGAUUUCCGAGCCUCUUAAAAGGUGGCUCUUAAAAGGUGUUUCGGAGCCUCUUGAAACGAGACUUCUGAGCAUCCUAAAAAGAGGUUUCCAAGUGUUUUGAAGGGAGGCUCUCAAGCCUCUUAAAGAGAGGCUCUUUAAAGAAGAUUUCCAAGCCUGAAUGUUGUGUUUCUUGAAGGGAAUUUUCCGAGCUUCUUGGAAAGAGCCUUUCGAGCCUUAUGAAAAGUGGCUUCCGAGCCUUUUAAAAGGAGGCUUCUGAGCAUUAUUAAAGGAGGCAUCCAAGUGCCUUGAUGCGAGCCUCUCAAGCCUAUUAAAAAAAGCUUCUUGAAACUAGGCUUCUGAGCCUCUUGAAAGAAGG